AUGCAGGCCGAUACAUUUCACAUAUUGCAAGGUGAAUCCCCGCCCAUUGAAUCUUGGGACGACGAUGGAGACCUCCAGUGUUUCGACGAUGCACAAUUCCAUGCUAUUUCUACAACGACAUCUGUGACCGGUUCUAUGCUACGGUCUGGUCAUCGUGACUCUAUUUCCUCACGCCUCUCAAUUCGCUCCGAUGUCGAAUCGAAUGCCGGCGAUGAAGACUGGCAGUUACUACUCCGAGACAACGAUGAAACAGCAAUUGAAGAGGCAAUCGCUUCUGCCCGCAGUGCCGGCAUACCUAUCCCCGACAAUGUACCCAAGUCGGCUCUUUUAUCGGGCUCAAUCAAGAAACUGCAGUCUAAACAAAAUAAGAAAAGCUCUAUUGAUGAUUGGUCGGAGGAUCUAGAAUUCCCGGCUGCUGAUGCGGAGCUGGCUCUUAAACCGAACGAACAAGAGUCGUUCCCAGAAUCCAUACAACAAAUCCACACCCCACUAAACGCGAGUCCGGCCAAAUCCAGAGAUUCGGUUGAUAAUGCCCCAUUCAGAGGUGUAGAAGCCACUACUCCUCCAUCAAUCACCGCAAAAGAGACAAUUCAGGGACUCGGUUUCCAAGAUGUCAAGCAAGAAUCACAAGAUGUGCCAACAAUUAAUACAAGCACUGCGUCUCAAUUGCAUCUACCACAUACUCCUUCCAUUGGCAGUCACUCUCCUGCUGUUGGAGUAGCCAGAGAUAAAGAUGACGAAUUCGAAAAGGAUUUCGAGUUCCCCACUAAAGAGAUGACUCUCAAGCUCUGUCUGCCAUCCAGUAUACCGAACAACAUACCUAGCAUCAAUGACGAUAUUUGGGACAUUGGUUGGGCAGAUGGAGACGGCAAUGGACGCUUCGGUGGCGUAAAGAGAGAUAUGCGUUCGACUCAGAGUUCGUCUGUUUCAGCUUUUAGUCCCAGUGCUUCUAGCUGUCUCACGGCCGAAACUGAAGAUGACGGCUUAGAUGGAUUGAUUUUACCGGAUGGACCCUUUAGUUUUGAAGAAAAUUUGAAGAAGAGGAAGGUGAUUCGGCCAGACACCGAAGAGCCCAGUCCCAAGUCUAAACCAACAUUCAGCAACAACAACAACAAGGGCAGAACCGAAACUGAUGGAUUCUUCGACGAUCUGGACAUCGAUGAUGGAAGUGUCUUCGCGUCAAUGCAAUCGAAUGUGCAUCGAAAUGUCAAACGCAAACUAGAUCCGCACCCAAUGACACCGGGUCGCUCUGAGAAGACAAUCACAUUCACAAGCAAAACACCGUCGGUUUCGACCCGCAUACCACGACUUUCUGGCCAUAGUAGGAGCCAUACCAGUCUUGAACCUGUCUCUGAAAGUGGCAACGCUGUGACUCACUUCCGAAAGCCACAGUCCCGCCUCACAGCACAUUCGAAUCGAUCAUCUGUCGGAAGUAUACAUACAUCUCCACCAGUGACUCCAUCCGGAGGUCGAAGAUCGCUCGGCGGCCGAAUUUCGAGAGAAGGCAUGACCAGUGAUUUAUCUUCCAGCCAUGCACAGCUUCUCAAGUCGAAACGCUCGGCGCCUAGUGCUCGUGGACGUGAAGAGUCAACAUCCGGUGCCCCUUUCCAGCGACCAUCGUCACGGCAGGAAAGCACAUCUAUGAUUCCCACUUCUUCUAGACCCAAAACACCUGUUGAUAGAUCGACCACUGAUUCAAGUCUUGGCAACAAUCGAUCUCAAGCACCUUUUCUGCCUGCUGGUGCAUCACAAAGUCAGUCCCAUCACGUCAGUGUCAAGUACUCGCGGCAAUUCCGUCGAUCCGAUUCGGAGACUUCUACAGAUUCGACUAUCGGGCCAAAGUCAGCUUCCCGUCUUUCGUAUCCUCUACGAUCCGAUAAUUCUAAUCGUCUUCAUGCGCAUUCCGCCAGUGAGGGCUCCAAUAUAAUUGUUAAACGUCCAGUAACUAGACCUGCUCGUCGACGAAACUAUGGAGAUGGAACUGAACUAGAAUCAUUCGAUGACCUACCGACAUCCACUCUCGCAGAGAGCCGUUUCGUCAAAACUCCUGUAGGGCGUGGCGUUCCCAGAUCUGUGAGAAAUGGACUUGCACAAUCUCCUACCGCGACACGCACCGAAACUCCAGUCCCGUCAAUGAUGUCCAACGCACCUUCUCGGCCCAGUUCUACUUCCUUCACGCCUCGAUUUGCAAGAGAUACUAACGCAUCAAGGAUCGCUCGCGAACAGAGAAUUGCCUCACUAUCUCUACCUUCGCGAAAUCGAGAUAGCGCGCCUCUCGCUCCUCUGAGCACCAAUUGGAAGGGACAUCAAACUCCCCGGCAAUCCGAUCCCAUGCUUACUGUAAGAAGCAAGAAGGGCAAGGCAUCCCGGCCUGGAGGAUCUAGACCACAACUGAUUCGACCAAUGGGAUCAGGGGUCAGUGAAGCGAAGAAUGUCAAGGGUAUGCAGUAUAAUCCCAGCACGUAUCGAUGGGAGGGCAACGAAAAUGAAGUUGCAGAAUUUGACGCCAUCAACAUUCCCAAAUCUCCCAAGGUGGCGCCAGCACUGAUUACCAGCGUUGGGACAAUCAAGGGUGGCCAGGUUGUUGGCGGCAUGGUAUUUGAUCCUCAGCGGAUGUGUUGGCUGAAAAUUGCAUCCACGCAACCCGGCGCCGAUAAGGUAGCUGUCAUACAUGACGAACUUGAAGACGUCUUUGCAGGUUUAGAGGACCUUCAGGAUAAGCCGGAACUCAAGCAUCGAAGAAACAUUUCAGAGGCGUCUGUCCCGACAGAAGCCUUUGACGACCAGAGCGGCGAUUCCUCGGAAGAAUGGCCAAUUACUGAAGAGUUUGACGUAGGUCCCGAGUUUGUUAAACGUCAAAGAGCCGAAGAAGACAGGUGGAAACGUAAAUUGACUAAAUGGGUAACUCCUGAACGGCAAAGGAUUGGAGAUGGCUGGCGAUGGGCCAUUAGAGAUUUGGUUCCUGGUGGAAACUGAUUUCAAUACUGGGCUGAACCAAUUUUUUUUAUUUUAACUUCAUCUAUUAGCGAUGUGUUACAUACAUUUCGGACAAACUUGUUACACUAUGACGACCUUUACGACAACACAAAAAAGACGCAUUUUUAGAAAACGGCAAAACAAGGACGCGCUGUAUAUGCGCUUUGCUGCCUAUUGCAUUGCAUCAACUUAUCAUGAACCCUUGACGAGACCACGACCAGCACACGAAAUGGCCGGAAUAUUUGCGAUUUUUUAUUGUUUACUGUUAUUGUACUUCAUUGGUAUUGUACAUGCAGCUUUCUACGCUGUUUAAUUGCUUGCUUCAUUACCGGUUCUCUUUUUCUUGGGGUUUUCCUGGUUUUUGCUUGGUAUAGCUUGCAUUUUUGUAUUUAUACUUUUAGUUUUAUGAUAAUUAAUUUGUUUCCUUGAUCUCGGGCCUUCGACA